AACUGCUGGGGUUACAAAGCAGACCCUUUCACUUUUUCGGGGCGAAUCGUUCCGGCGUCAUUACAUACAGCAUCAAAAUCUCCGGUGGCUGUUUAACGACAAUUUCGACUCUUUCAUAAGUUUCGCAUAUUUGACUGUACAUUAUUUUCUUGAUUUUUCUGUAUUAUUAACCGUCGGAUCGUGCCUUGAAAAUCACUGCCACAAUGCUUCGUAACGCCGCUGCCGGCGCUCGAAAGGCCGUCACGGAGCUUUCACAAUUUCCUAAGCCCGGCGAGAAGCUUCACGGCUUCACCCUUGUCCGGUCCAAGCAUGUUCCUGAGCUUGAGUUGACGGCUCUUCACCUUCAGCAUGACAAGACAGGAGCCGAUUAUCUGCACAUUGCCCGCGACGACAGUAACAAUGUCUUUUCCAUCGGUUUCAAGACGAACCCUCCGGAUGAUACUGGUAUUCCUCACAUUCUAGAGCAUACGACACUAUGCGGUAGUGAAAAAUAUCCCAUUCGUGACCCUUUCUUCAAGAUGCUUCCCCGAACACUAUCGAACUUUAUGAACGCGUUCACGGCAUCAGACCAUACUUUCUACCCCUUUGCGACAACCAACGCGCAGGACUUCAAGAACCUCAUGUCUGUGUACCUCGACUCAACAUUGCACCCACUGCUCAAGAAGUCCGACUUUACCCAGGAGGGUUGGCGAAUUGGUCCCGAGAACCCACUUGCUGAGGACGAGGCGAGCAAGAAGUUGGUAUUCAAGGGCGUGGUUUACAACGAGAUGAAGGGCCAGAUGUCAGAUGCUGGGUAUUUAUACUACAUUCGCUUCCACGACCAUAUCUUCCCCGAUAUCAACAACUCGGGUGGCGACCCCCAGAAGAUCACAGAUUUGACAUACGAGCAACUGCGAAAGUUCCACGCCGAGCACUACCACCCGAGCAAUGCCAAGGUCUUCACUUACGGUGAUAUGCCCUUGGUUGACCACUUGCAGCAAGUCGAUGCUCAACUCCAGGCUUUUGAGAAGAUACAGGGUGACAGGCAAAUUCACGAACCCGUAACACUGACCGGCCCCAAGGAAGUUACUCUGUACGGCCCACUUGAUCCUCUUGUCGACCCUGAUCGUCAGUACAAGACCUCUGUGUCAUGGAUCAUGGGUGACACCACAGAUGUGUUGGAGUCUUUUUCUCUGGCACUUCUAUCAACCCUCUUGAUGGAUGGUUAUGGUUCUCCUCUGUACCGAGGUCUUGUUGAGGCUGGCAUGGGUGCUGAUUGGAGCCCCAACGCUGGAUAUGAUAGCUCUGCUAAGAAGGGAAUUUUCUCUAUCGGUCUCACUGGUGUUCAGGAGGCUGAUGUUCCUAAGCUCAAGGAGAAGGUUCAGCAGAUCUUGAGGGAAGUCCGAGAGAAAGGUUUCGACAAGACCAAGAUCGAUGGAUCUCUCCAUCAGCUCGAGUUAUCGCUCAAGCAUAAGACUGCCAACUUUGGAUUUUCCAUGCUGAACCGUCUCAAGCCCAAGUGGUUUAACGGUGUGGACCCCUUUGAUUCAUUGGCUUGGAACGAUACCAUCAAUGGUUUCCAAGCUAAGAUGGCUGAGGGCAACUACCUAGAAGGUCUCAUUGACAAGUAUCUACUGAACGACAAUACUUUGACAUUCACAAUGGCCCCUUCAAGCACCUACGGAGAAGAUCUUGUCAAAGAGGAACAGGAGCGACUUUCUACCAGAAUCCAAGCAGCUAUUAAGGAGGCUGGCAGCGAAGAGAACGCCCGGAAGCAUUUCGAGAAGCAAGAGCAGGAGUUGCUGGUUGAACAAAACAAGACUAACACUGAGGACCUCGGCUGUCUGCCCACUGUUCACGUCAAGGAUAUCCCCCGAAGCAAGGAGCCUGUGGUUGUGCGAGACGAGAAUGCCAACGGCACCAAGAUCCAGUGGCACGAGGCUCCUACGAACGGCUUGACAUACUUCCGUGCCAUCAACACGUUGGAGAACUUGCCUGAUGAGCUUCGCGAGCUGGUCCCUCUGUUUACCGACAGCAUCAUGCGUCUUGGUACUAAGGACUUGAACAUGGAGCAGCUUGAAGACUUGAUCAAGCUCAAGACUGGUGGUGUUUCAGUUGGGUACCACUGUACCCCGUCUCCCACCGAUUUCCACGCUGCUAGUGAAGGCCUCAUCUUCACCGGUAUGGCCCUGGAUCGCAAUGUUCCCGUCAUGUUCGAUAUCAUCCAAAAGCUCGUUUUGGGAACUGAUUUCGACAGCCCAGAGGCAGCUCUCAGGAUUCGACAGCUGCUGCAGGCAUCUGCUGACGGUGUUGUGAACGAUAUUGCAUCCACUGGCCAUCGGUUCGCGAUGGGUAGUGCUGAAUCUGGUCUCACCCGCUCCUCGUGGCUUCGACAACAAGUUUCCGGCCUUUCUCAGGUGCAGCUGGUGACUUCACUGGCUAGCCGACCUGAGACAGACAAGCUUGAAGAUGUUAUUUCCAAGUUGAAGCAGAUUCAGAGCAUUGCACUAGCGGGAGGAAACCUACGCACAGCAAUUACCUGCGGCCCAGAGAGUGUUGCAGAGAACAGUGCUUCUCUGCAAAAGUUCGUGGGUAACCUCUCCCGCGAUCCUCUGGACCUGAAGAAUCUGUCUCCUCGUCAACUUCCUAAGGAUAGCAAGACGUUCUAUCCUCUGCCUUACCAAGUUUACUAUGGUGGAUUGUCAGUACCAACCACGUCAUACACGGCAGCGGAGGGUGCACCUCUCCAGAUCCUGUCACAGCUCCUUACACAUAAACACCUGCAUCACGAGAUCCGUGAGAAGGGUGGCGCAUAUGGUGGAGGUGCUUACUCCCGCGCCCUCGAUGGCCUCUUUGGCUUCUACUCUUACCGUGACCCCAACCCUCAAAACACACUGAGCAUCAUGCGCGGUGCUGGGCAAUGGGCUGUCGAUAAGAAGUGGUCAGACCGUGACCUUGAGGAGGCCAAGAUCUCUGUAUUCCAGGGAGUUGAUGCCCCCAAAUCUGUGAACCAGGAGGGCAUGGGCCGAUUCCUCUCAGGUAUCACUGAGGAGAUGAAGCAAAAGAAGCGUGAGCAGCUUCUUGACGUAACCGAGGACCAAGUGCGCGAGGUGGCGCAGCGCUACCUCGUUGACGGACUGGCCAAGGGCGAAGCCAGAGUCGCUUUCCUUGGAGAGAAGCAGUCCUGGGUCGACGGCGAAUGGAAGAUCCGCGAAAUGGAUGUCAAGGGCGCCGAGCAAGGCUAAAAGAAAACGAUUAUGAAGCUAAUGACGACCUAGAGUUGGAAGCAUCAGCAUGCUAGAGGUUUGGAUGAGCAAUGAGCAGCUGGAUUUACAGCUGUAUGAUGGCGUGUACGAUGAAGUGUAAAUUACACAGAUGAACAAAGCAUAAAUGACCCUCCUCACGUUGCGUCGCAGCGGAACUUUCCACCCUAUGUGAAGACGAGGAAUUUUGUGCCUCGUUACGCGUUCAGAUACGAUACAUCUCUUUACCUAUGCGAUGGUACAGAGACCACAGAGCAACGCAAGAGUAGAUACAGCCCCUCUUUUUCAUUUCUGUCUAUCUUCAUUUCUGGAAGCUACUUUCACCUUGGCAUCUGUUGUGGGAACCUCGAGGCUGCGGAGCGAAAGCACCAAGUACGAGGAGUUCUAUGAUUGGAGACUGGGGAGUUCGUGGAAGAAGGGAGUCGGUGUGAUGGGUGAAGGAGAGGUGGUAGCUCGUUCUAUCAGAGCCGGAGUCCUUGAGCGAUGGAUUUACUGGACUAAAGAGCAGAGUACAUGCAUGUGAUGUGUUACAGAGUGACCAACGUUGAAUAUGCUGUGUGACUGUUGCAGGUUCUCGGACGGAAGAAGAUGCCGAUUCGUCUAUUCGUAUACGAUGAGAUAUCUAUAGAGAGGCAUUAAAAGGACAUUGUUGAGGGUGUCCUUUUGAUGGAGAAUAUGACGAUGGACAAAGAUAGCCAGGGGCUGGUCAAUGGUGCCUGACCGCGGAAUAAGCUCCAGCCUUACGCGGUCCCUUGUCGUGUGCCGUUGUUUAUUUACUGAGGGAAUUACUGGGUCUUUAUUAUACUGAAUACUAAGGACAUGACGCUUACAAGCCAGAUCUCAGGGAGCAGGAAAACAUGAGACCUUGAUCCUAAGUGAUAAACCAGUUAGGUAAUUUACUCUAAGUUUGGGAAACCUUUUGCCGAACUCAUUUUAACACCAUAUACGGAGUAUUGAGGCCUGA